AUGGGCCACCCGGGAAAAAAGGCUAGACGCCGAGCCGCCGCCCGCAAGGCACAGCAGCAGCAGCUGGAACUGCAAGACUCGGAGCAGGGCCUCAAGAAGUGGUUUGAGCAAGAGCCGAAUGGAUCUAAGCAAGACCUGAAAGAGCCCGAGCAACCGUUCCCCGAAACGACGGGCAAAAAGGGAUACCAGAUCUCUCGCAUCGAAGCCCGCGACGCGCUGAUGGACGUCAUCCGCGGCCAUUUCGCGGGGACCGGUUGUCUCAGCGAGCUCAGCAUCGCAUGCUGGCGGCUGAACUUGAUCUGCGUCCACGCCAUCGGAUGCGAGGAGGCGCGCUGGGCCAUGGACCUGGUGGAGACCGUGCCGCUGCAAAAGGGCGACGAUUUUCAUGGGAUGGUGCGCAUGCCCGCCUGGGAGCGCAGGUUCCUCAUCGCGCGCCAGGCCACCAUGCUCCCGUGGUACCUGCAGCGACCGGUCGUCAUGCGCGGCGGCGCCUUUUUCACGGUCGACGGUCAUGUAUUGGAGGUUUGCGUGCUUGAGUCGGUGAUUCGGCCGUUCGAGCGCGGAUUGAACGCCCCCUUGCGCCUGGAUUUGCCCUCGGGGAGGGAAAUCCGGGCUCUUCUUGGUUGA